AUUUUUGUUGUUGCUGUGAACUUCGUUGACUGGUGGAAGAGGCGGAAAAUGAAUGAUUCGGACAAAAUCAUCUGCUCACUGGCCUUCUCAAGGAUAUCUUGGAAAUUCUCCUUUGUUGUCACAUAUCAUUGGUUCGAUAGUUCUUCUAACAAAAUGUAUCUCUAUGUCUUUUUGCAUAUUUUCUUUCUUUACAUCGGUCUGUGGUUUACAACGCUGCUGUCGGUUUUCUAUUUCUUGAAGAUCGCAAACGACAGACACGUUCUCUUUCUGUAUAUGAGAAGAGUGAUAUCUCAGAGGCUGCUGGGAUUCAUAGUUGUGGCCACGCUGAUCGCCGUUUGUAACGCAUCUCUGUAUACCUGGGCUCUUUACAAUGAUGAACGUGCCAAGAACUCAACGUAUAGUCUGACUGAAGAAUUCUGCAGUCGUGAAAAGCCAGAGUUACAUGAAAUUUUCUUCAUAGUGGGAAACUGUGGACCUUUCCUUAUACUCAGCUUCUCAUCGAUUCUGCUAAUCACUUCUUUGUGCCGUCACAUGAAGAACAUGAGAAGUUUCUCCACUAACCAUCUGAAUAGUUACCACGCUGCAAUAAAGUCCAUGGUCAUCUGUUUCUUCAUCUACAUGCUUUACGUCGGCUUCAAUAUUUUAAUUCUUUGUGUCAGUUCAAUAAAUAGUUUACUCCUGUACGCCUUACAGAACAUCUUUCCGGUUCUACACACUGGGUACCUGAUCUGCUCAAUGACAAAAUUACGACUACAGUUCACUAAGAUGGUCCAAUGUGGGACAAACUGUCUCAGGAGAAGAACCGGCACGGGAUCCAAUGCCAGUAACUGA